AUGGCAUCUCGAGGGCGUGAAAGGGGCAGAGAAUUCUGGAUGGGCCCAGGCCUGGCCGGGAUGGGGAUAAAAGCUGCUGGCUCCCACCAGCCGAGCAGAGCAGCUCCAGGACCAUCGGAGAGAACUCAGCCCCAGUGCUCUGAGCCAGCCACAGAAGCAGAGAUGCUGUGCCGCCUGCACCUCCAGCCACCUUCCCACCGCACCCUGGCUCCCUGGGUGGGCCCCAUACGCACGCUGUGGCCUCAACCCAGCACUGUCUUUGCUGAGCUGGAGCGGGAGCUGCGAUGGGAGAUGGAGCAAGCCCAGGAGUUUAUGAGCAGUUUCCAGCAGCUCUUGGCAGGUGGAGGGAGCAGUAGCCCCAUCAGAGAGCGAGAGCAGAGCACCAGCGUGGCGCCGCCCCAGGGAGCAGAUGGGGCCUUCACUGUGUGCCAAGAUGUCAAGGGCUUUGACCCCAGUGACCUAAUGGUGAAGCUGGUGGGCAGGAAGGUGCUGCUGACGGGCAAGAAGGAGAUGCAGAGUGAGGACGGUAAAGGCUCCUUCUCCUACAAGUACGAGGUGUUCAAGAGGGAGUGGGACGUGCCCGAGGGCGUAGACCCUGACGGCCUGACCUGCUCCAUCUCCAGUGCGGGCCAGCUACGCAUUGAAGCCCCACGCCAGGCACUGAUGGCUGACCCGGAGAGGAAUGUGCCCAUCCAGAUCGCCUCGGUGGGGAGUGCAGAAGCUGGAGCUGUGGUGGGCUCCGAGGAGGAAGCCAAUGGCAGAGCCAAGGCAUAACGGGGACUGAGAGCUGACUGCUCUCCCUGGCUCAGCCUGGGCAACAUCUGAGUCCUGGAGCAGGAGCUGAGCUGAGACUUAUCGGAGACUGAUGCACAGCCAGUGGGGGUGGGAGGAUGCGGGAGACUAUCUAACUGCCCUUAAGAUUUGUAUUAUGUUGCUAUUUUAUAUAAAAUAAAUGGGGCUGUCUUUUCCAUGCAUUGCUGCUGCCUUUGCCAGGCUUGCUGGGUCCCAGAUUGUC